CGCAACUGGCGGGAGAUAGGAAAUAACAAUAACGCCCGAAUCUGCCGCCCAGAGGUUCCAGUGACCGAAAAAUGGCCCGGCGGGGCCGCAGUGAUGAAUUGGAGGACCUGCAGUAUCAAGACACAGAUUCUGAUGUUCAAGAGCAGAGAGAAAACAGAGUGAAAGUAAAGUGGACUGCAGAGGAGGAUGAGUAUCUGAAAGCCUUGGUUAAAAAAUACGGGCAAGGUGAAUGGAAGCUGAUUGCUAGUAAGCUAACUAACCGAACAGAGCAGCAAUGUCAGCACCGAUGGCUUAGAGUUCUGCAUCCUGACUUGGUGAAGGGACCUUGGACAAAGGAUGAAGAUGAAAAGGUCAUUGAAUUGGUGAAAAAAUAUGGCACUAAGCACUGGACAUUAAUUGCUAAGCAACUGAAAGGAAGAAUGGGAAAGCAGUGCCGCGAACGUUGGCACAACCACCUUAACCCAGAAGUGAAAAAGUCCUCUUGGACAGAAGAGGAGGACAGAAUCAUCUAUCAAGCACACAAAGUUUUAGGCAACCGCUGGGCAGAGAUUGCUAAAUUGCUGCCUGGGAGGACUGAUAAUGCUGUAAAGAAUCACUGGAACUCAACCAUCAAACGUAAAGUAGAGACAGGGGGCUUUCCAAAUGGUAAGAUGAGCAGCAUCUCUGGGGAACAUGAAGAAAAGGAUGACUCUGGGUAUCAGGCUGUAGAAGAGCAGGAUUGUGAGCAGUCUGUGGGCUCUAGUCAAGAGAAGACACUGCUUACAACAGAAAGUUCUUCAGAGUCCUCUAAAAUCUCUCCUGAGGUACCUCAUAUCAAAACAGAGCAACAGAGUGAGGGUGAGGAAGCUGCAAGUACAGGAUCCAGUCCUUUGUCUGCUUCUGUUUCAGUAGAUUCUUGUCCAGAUAGAUGGAUGGUGGAAUAUGUCAAUUUUUUGAUUCCUGGCUCCACAACUGGCAUCUGUGAGACCCUAGACAUAAUGGAAUCUGACCCUGAGCGCUGGUGUGAUCUGUCAAACUUUGACCUGGGUGAGGAGUCUGUGACCAGUGAGAUUGGCAGUCCUGCUCGUGUAUCUGCUGCAGAAAAACCCAAUACGCCUAAUGUCACAGAAUACAGACUGGAUGGACACACCCUCUCAGACUUAAGCAAAGGAAGCAAGGGAGAAUUGAUCCCGAUUUCACCUCGACCACAAGCUGGAUUUGGGACGCCCCCUUCUUUACUUAAGCUGCACAGAAAGAGGAAGAUCACGCUUUCACCUGUCACAGAGAAUGGAAUAGCUGGCAGUACUCCUGUUACAGAAGCAAACAGCAUGACCCCUAAAAGUACACCUGUCAAAUCCCUGCCAUUCUCUCCUUCACAGUUCUUGAAUUUCUGGUCCAAACAAGAUGCUUUGGAGCUGGAAAACCCCUCCCUGACAUCUACGCCGGUUUGUAGCCAGAAAGUGGUGGUAACCACUCCACUCCACCGGGAUAAGACGCCCCUGGGGCAGAAGAACGCAUUUAGAACUCCAAACAGUAAGCUUAUGGGAGACCAUGCACCUCAUACUCCAACGCCUUUUAAAAAUGCUCUUGAAAAGUUUGGUAGCCUUAAACCACUGCCUCCUACCCCACACUUGGAGGAGGAUUUGAAGGAAGUCCUUCGUAGUGAGUCUGGCAUUGAGUUAAUCAUUGUGGAUGAACCCAAACAUGAUAGACAGAGACGAAAACCUGUGCCAUAUUUAAUAUUUCCUCCAAAUCCCUUCAGUAUCUCACAAAGGAAACUAACCAGGAGUGAUAAAUAUGAAAAAUUACCACCAACAGCCCAGGAAGCUAUGAGCUCUUUUUUCAAGCAAGCUGAUAAACACAAACCUAAUAAAGACCCUGAUAUAAUGUCAACUUCUCAGGAUGAAAGCUCAUGUGAGGCCGCAGAUGUCGCAGUAGAGGUGCAGCCUAAAACUAAUGAAAUGGGAAAAGACGAUAUCAUCACAUAUAGCGCAAUGGAAGCCCUUAUAGAGCAGGUUAAGACUUGUAUUAAGAAUGAAUGUGCAGGCCUGAAAAAAAGACAUAUCUGA